CAUUCCCCCCAAAAAAAAUAUGGUCACAUGUUAUCAUUAUUUUUCCAUACAAAAAAAAAUAAAAAUUCAAAUUCAAUAAAUCAUGUUGAUACCGGUUAAUCGGCCAUUAUUACGAUAUAUUAUUUUGUCACAAAAUUCUAAUUAUAUUAAUGUUGGUCGUUAUGCUAAUCGAACAUUAUCAUCAUCAUCAUCACCAUCACCAUCAUCGGUUUCGAAUGCACAGCAAUCAAAAUCAAAUGAACAACCAAUAAGUGAUAAUAGUGAUUGGUUCAAUGUUGAAUCCGGUACCGAUAUUAAUGAACGUGUAGUACCGAAACCGAUUAGCUAUCUACCGGAUCAUCUGCCACAAUUACGUAAACGACAAAAACAGAAACCAUGGUGGAAAUUUCGUUAUUUCGUUGAUGUUAAUACAUUGCCCAAUGAACAGCAAGAAUAUACAGAACAACCAGAAUAUCCACCAAUAUUUGAACCAACAACAGAAGGAAAACGAAAACAAAUUCGUCUUGAUUGGUAUAAUGCAAUACGUCGAUUACCAACAGCUGAACAAAAAAUCUAUGAAAUAACUAAACAUUAUGGCCAUUUAAGUCUUAUGAUUGAUCCGGUAAUGGCCACCUAUAAUGCAUUACCGGCACAACAAUUCAUAACACGUACACAUUUAAUAAAUGGAUUACCAGAAUCAUAUCGUUCAACCAAUAAUGAUCGAAAAAAUAUUGAACAUUUACGACAACAAAUUCUGGCUAUAAUUGCUGGACGUUUGUUUGAAGCUAAAUCUCGUAUCGUAUCGUUUGAUUUUCGUAAAACAUUACUGUCAACUAUUGGCCGUAGUAGCCGUGCGAAUGUAAUACAAUCAUUAGCAGAAGAUGAUAUCGUUGCCGAUGUUAUACAAUUGUUGAUUCAAAAUAAUAAUUCAACCGAACGAUUUGAUCAUCAUCUUGAUUUCACACCAUUCGUCAGUACAUCAUGGUGGCUGGGUGAUUAUCCAAUUCCAUUUCGAAAAUCACAUUGGUUUCGUGAUAAUGAACGAAUAAAUCAAUUGAUCACUUAUCGUGGUAAUCAUAGUGUUCAUUGGCGAACAAUGAAUCCAUUGCCAUCGAUUGUAUCAUUCGAUGAUCCAUUAUCGUGUACAAAAAUUCCGGAAUGUAAUUAUAAUCUAUUGAAAUUAGGUGUCACAUUACGUCGUCAUAAUAUUAUGUCAUUGCCUGGAUUUUGGCCUGAUCGUUCCGGUGGUCAUGAUUUUCCAUACUUAUUGGCUAUGAAUUAUGAAUCAUUAAGACAACGAAAACAACGAUAUGGUUUAUCACAAUGUAUGGAUGAUCAAGAUGUUCUUGAUGGUAUGGCAAUCAUAUCAGCAUUUAGUUGGUUAACCGGACUGGCUAAUAAUCUUGGUUUUACAUUAUAUGAUCGAUUAACAUAUCCAUUGGUUACAAAUGUAAUCAUAACGGAUGGACAACAUUGGUCAUUUUAUGUUUAUCAAUUGAAUAAUCAUUGUUUUCAUGAUGAUCUUGUUGCCGAUAAUGAAAACGAUGACAAUCGUCUUUGUAAUCUAUGCUGGUCAAGUGGUCAAAUGCGUUUAUUUGAUUCAUAUGAAAAUGGUAAACUUCAAAAUGUCAACACUGCCGUAUUGGAUCUGUUGAUUGAUAUGUUGAACAUGAAAACUGUUGAUAACCAUUUAUCACCAUUAGAACUUCGGCCAUAUUUAUCCAUCGAUAGCCGUCAACAACAACGUGAACGUGAUGAAUUAACAUAUAGUUUACGUAGGAAAUUUGCCAAUCAAAUUGAUACAUUUGUUGCACGUCGUAAAAAAACUAAUCUAUGGGAAACGGUAUAUAAAAAUCAUAAAGAAGCAUUUAUCGAUGUUAAACGUAUACGACCGAAAAUUGAAAUGAAAUAUCCACCAUUUUUUAAAUGAAAAACAACAACAACAACAACAACAACAAAAAAAA